CGUCAGAGGACAAAGUCUUCCUCUACCAACAGACGGCAACCGCAUUCACUGCAGUUUGCCUUCAGUAGAGUUCCUCGAGUCUUUCGUCUCUUCUUGACUCGCCCGAGUUUGGUUAAAAUCAUGUCGACCGCCAUAGAGUCCACCGGCUUCGUCAUGUGCAUCAUCAGCUGGCUGGUUACCGGGGCGUCGCUGGCCAACGACUACUGGAAGAUCUCCACCGUGUCGGGCAGCGUCAUCAUCUCCCAGAGGCAGUUUGAGAACCUGUGGCAUUCGUGCGCUGAGAACAGCGCUGGCAUCGCAGAGUGUCGAGACUUCGAGUCGCUGCUCUCUCUGCCUGGGCAUGUGCAGGCGUGUCGGGCGCUGAUGAUUGUGUCCUUACUGAUGGGCCUGGCAUCCAUGAUUGUCUCCCUGCUGGGACUCAAGUGCAUCAGGAUUGGGUCAACCAGCGACGCCUCAAAGGCCAAGAUUGCAGGCACUGGAGGCAUCCUGAGCAUUCUUGCUGGCUUUUGCUGCAUGGUCGCGUGCUCCUGGUACGCAAGCAGGGUGGUGGAGGACUUCUACAACCCGCUAUUCGCCGGCGUCAAGUUUGAAAUGGGCGUGGGACUCUACCUGGGAUGGGGAGGCUCCUGUUUGGCCAUACUAGGAGGCGGCAUGCUUUGCUGCGCCUUCAAGAGAGCGUCGGCUGGCAAGAAGAAAAGCGGUAUCUAUGGAAACAGUCCACCACAGAAGGUGUACAAGCCUACAGCAAAGUCAGAGGCAGAGUCGGCCAGAGCUUACGUCUGAAAACCCACGUACACACAGACACACACACGCACACACAGACACACACGCACUCACACACACACACAAACACACACUCACAGACUCUUCUAUUUGUUACCUUCUUGAGACCUCCAAAAAAUGCCUACCUCUUUAGGACCACCCUGUCCAGAUAUAUAAAGAUUUGUAUUGACAACAGUAAUAAUAUAUACAUACUAUGCAAAUAUAAAAAAGCCUGUUUUGAAAAUUUAGUUUGAAUUUCACAAGAAAAACGUAGAAUUUUGGCAGUAUUUUAACAAAAGUCUUAAUGUUACUCAACGCAAGUCAAAAUUUUACAACAAAAAACUGGACAUUUGCGCAAUAUGAUGAUAAAAAAUUGGAAUUUUACUCAAUUACCGUCGCAAUUUUGCAAGAAAAGCUUAACGUUUUGGCAAUUUUAUGCAAAGAUUUGUAAAUUUACUUGAAAAAAGUCACAAUUCGAUUAGAAAACUUUAACAUUUCGGGCGAUAUUAUUAUAACAAUCGGAAUUUUACUUGGCAAAAUGUUCUCCCAAAAACGUCAAUAUUUUACAUGAACAACAAAAAACUUGGCAAUAUUGCGAUAAAAGUCAGAAUUUUGUAUGACAAAUGUCACCAUUUUGCAUUAGAAAGUAAUACUUUUACAUAAAAAAGUAAUACUUUUACGAGAAAAUAUUGUAAUAUUACAGAAGCAGAAAGAAUAUAAGAAAUGGUUCCUAAUUUUAUAAAAAGGAAGUCGACACACUGUGAGAAAAAGACUGCUUUUAGUUAAUUUUUGUUUUUGUUUUGUUUGUUUGUAAUUGGUUUUUAAUCUCCAUUAUUUACCUCAAGUUAUUACAAUAUGUGUCAAGUUAUUACAAUAUGUGUCUGUCUACAUGUUUAUUUUAUGUUUUUAAAUACAUUUCUUACACACUUGUGAUUACAUAUGUUGGCCAGAGGGGGAGCACUCAAAAUUUUUAAACACACUUGUUAUUCCAUAUGUUAACCCGAGGGGGAGCACUUUUAAAACCAACACAGUCAAUUUGAAAAAUCCCUCCUUUUUGGGACCACCCUCAUUUUGAUAGAUUUCACCACCAGGGGUGCAAAUGAGACAUUCUCUAAUGGAUGCAAUAGUUUUCUGUAUUGAGACCAUAAUAUCGGUCUUAACUUUUUCACCGGUCCUCAUAUGGAAGGUACUCUCUGUUGAUGUCUCAAGAAGAUUAGAAAUACAAGAACACACACUCACACACGCGCGCACUCUGCCGUGGAAUGUGAAUUUAUGGUUGAAUAGUUUGUAAGACUCUGUAUUUUCUGAAAAGUCAUUUUUUAUGUCAACUUAAUCAUGUUUGUAUGACGAGAAUAAAUGAAGUGUUGUCA